AUAUAAAAAUAAAAUUUAAAAAAAAAUAAAUAAAUCCAGGCUAAAUUUUGUAAAUAUUCAUAAUACCUCUACACGCAGAUAAAUAAUCUCGAAUUAAGAUAAAGAAUCUUAUCUUCGCUGCGAGUUUAUAUAUUUUCCUCUAAGCCUACUGAGAUAUAGAAUCAAAGCAUCAAGUUGUUUCAAACGUCUACAAGUGUUUAGAUGGUUUGUGUGAAAGUUUUGUGAAUAAUUUUGUGAUUAAAAAUUAAAUUUUAAGAAAUAUAAAAAAAAAAAAAAAUGGAAACAAACACAGAUUUGUGUCUAGAGUGGAAAAAUAUAAAUUUUUCAGUGCCAGCUAACGAAGGGAAUAAUUUUAAAUUUUGGCACUCCUGCCAACAGCAAAAGGAGAUCAAUAUCCUGCACAAUGUAAGUGGGAGUAUGAAGACAGGAGAUCUAGUGGCAAUUUUGGGAGGUAGUGGCGCUGGAAAGACUACCCUUCUGGCUGCCAUUUCACAACGUCUGCGUGGUAGCUUGACCGGGGACAUUGUACUCAAUGGAGUUGCAAUUGAUAGAAAAGAAAUGACUCGUCUCUCCAGCUUUCUACCGCAAUUUGAAAUAAGUGUGCGAACUUUCACCGCAUUUGAACACCUUUAUUUUAUGUCUCAUUUCAAAAUGCAUAGAAAGACAACAAAAGCUCAAAAAUUGCAAAGGGUAAAUGAUCUUUUGAGGACAGUUGGUUUAAGUGGAUCUGCGAAUGUGAGAAUUCAAAAUCUAUCUGGAGGUGAACGAAAACGUUUAAGUUUGGCUGAAGAGCUUAUAACAAACCCACCAUUUUUAUUUUGUGAUGAACCAACAACUGGAUUGGACAGUUUUAGUGCCUUGAGUGUUGUCAAGACACUUCGUCAACUUUGUAAAAGACCACGACAAGGAAGCAGUUCGAGUACAAGAUCAUCCUCGAGUAAUAGCAAUCCUCAAGAAGAUUUAAGUUCGUCUAUUGAAAUGGAGGUUGUCUACCCCUCGUAUGAUAAUGCCACAGAAGAUUUAUUAGGAGAGUCUUAUCAAAAAAGUGUGAUAUGCUCUAUACAUCAACCAACAUCAGAUAUUUAUGAACUGUUCACACACGUUAUUCUCAUGGAUGACGGUCGUAUUAUCUACCAGGGUACAACAGAUGAUGCGUUGAAGUUUUUCAAAAAAAUAGGCUUUAAUUUUCCUCAGAACUGCAAUCCUGCAGAUUUUUAUCUAAAAGCUAUUUCCGAUAGUCACAGUUCAAAUAAUGGAGCCGCUGUCAAAUUACGUUUUGAUUCUGAAGUUGAUGGUUUGUACGAAGGCAGUUGGCUAUUACAAAAAACAUGUAGCAAACAAUAUUUACACAGGAUCAAUAAUUUCAAAAAGAUCUCAUGGUUCUAUCAAGUGUAUCUCCUGUUGUUGCGUUAUGGCACCGAAGAAAAACGAAAUAUGAAAGGGGUCAUAACCAGCUUAGCAUUUUAUAUGAUAACAUCAGUAACCUUAUCCGUCAUGUAUUCCGGUGUAAUAGGACUUAAUCAGCUCUCCGUUCAAGAUAUUACUGGUUCAAUAUUUAUUUUCACCACUGAAGUAAUAUUCACAGCAUCCUACGGGGUAAUGUUCUAUUUCCCAUCAUCGUUGCCAAUAAUUCGACGUGAAGUUGGCGAAGGUACUUAUAGCUUGUCUGCCUUUUAUACAGCUACAAUAUUCGCAAUGAUCCCAGCGGCUUUCUACAAAAGUUAUUUGUUCUUUGGUUUAAUUUAUUUAUCCGUCCAAUAUACAAGGGGUUGGACAACCUUCUUAAUGAUGGGCUUUGUAUUGAGUCUCGCAAGUAUAGCUGGCACAGCUUAUGGCAUUUUCAUAUCAAGUCUUUUCGAAAAGGACAAACUUAGCUCAGAAAUGGCUGCUCCUUUUGACCUUCUGUUCUUAAUCUUUGGCGGAGCUUAUUACAAUGUGGAUUCAUUGCCAGUUUUCAAGUAUUUAUCGGUGUUUUUCUAUUCGAAUGAGGCUCUAAUGUAUGAUUAUUGGAUUGAUGUUGAUGGCAUUGAAUGCCCUAAAAAUAUGAACCACCCGUGUGUUCGAACUGGAAUUGAAGUACUCAAACAGAACUCCUUUAGAACUGAAGACUUUACUAUUUUAUUUGACUGUUCAGCCAUUCUUGUAUUGGCUGGUGUUUUCCAUUUAAUGGCGUUUUGUUUGAUACGAAAAUAUGUAAAUAGGACAGGUUACUAUUGA